GGAGUGCCCCCUCUCACCCUUACGGCCUUACCCCAACCCUUUCGAAAGUUAGGGCUCUUGCGUUUUGAGCUCCAAAACCCCAAAACUGAAUAUAUUUUGGCGUCAUCCCCUUCCUUCCUUCCUUCUUCGGCGCAAUCAAGCUUUCCUCCCUGCAACAUAACAAUGGCAAGCGACGCAGAUAUGAGCAGCUGGACGGAUCUCCUACAUUCUUCUUCCAAACUUGUCGAACAAGCUGCUCCUUCCGCUCAGUUUCCUCCUCUCCAGAGAAACUUGGAUCAAUUAGAAGCGCUGUCAAAGAAGCUCAAGUCCAAAACCCUAAGGACCGAAGCCCCCUCUCAAUCAAUUGCGGCCACAAGGCUACUUGCACGUGAGGGGAUAAAUGCUGAGCAACUAGCACGCGAUCUAAAAUCAUUUGAAUUGAAGACUACUUUUGAGGAUGUUUUUCCGGCUGAGGCUACAAGCGUUGAAGAAUACUUGCAGCAGGUUCAUGAAAUGGCAAUGGUCUCCGCCGUUCAGGAAGCUCAGAAAGAUAAUCUCAGAAAUUUUAGUGACUACAUGAUGACAGUUUUAGAGGAUGACUGGCAAAAGGAAAAAAGGGAUUUUCUUCACAGUAUGAGCCGCAUUUCAACGUUACCACGGACCAACGUAAACGAGUCAAGCUUCGGGGCUAGCCGUUCAGGACCGAUAUUAUCUCUAACAUCUAGCCCUCAUGUUUCAUCUGGUCCUUCUAGCAUGGAGCUUGUACCAAUAGCUGAUAAGCCAGCCAUAGAUAAAAAGGCUGAAGCAUACGCUGAGGUUGUUAGGACUCUCAAUGAUGCCCGACAACGUGGUUUAACAUUUAAACCGGCUACCGCUUUCAAAAGUGCAUAUGAAAGUCUUGGUUUGGAUUCUUCUAGCGGUAAAUCUGUUACCAUGGGUAAGAUUUGGCAUUUAGUUCAGACUUUGUUGGGCGAGAAUUCAAGCGUUCCACGAAAUGUUUCAAAGAAAAUGUCACUAGUAAUUGGCGCAAGGAGACAUUUGGAAUUGGGGCAUGAGAAGUAUAUCAUGGAAAUGAUACAAAGUCAUCCCGCACAGGCUGCUCUUGGUGGAGUAGUUGGAAACUUGCAGCGGAUUCAUGCUUUUCUUAGGAUCCGUUUAAGAGACUAUGGUGUUCUCGAUUUUGAUGCAGGUGAUGCUCGUAGGCAGCCUCCUGUUGAUACCACGUGGCAGCAGAUCUAUUUCUGCUUAAGAACUGGGUACUAUGAUGAUGCAAGGGAUGUUGCUUCACGCUCUCGUGUUUCUUACCAAUUUGCAUCACAGCUGGCAGAAUGGAUCACAAAUGGAGGCAUGGUAUCAGUGGAGACGGCUUCUAUCGCUGCAGAAGAAUGUGAAAAAAUGUUUAGAAUGGGUGAUCGAGCAGGCCGAGGUGCUUUCGACAAGAAAAAGUUACUUCUGUACGCACUCAUAUCCGGGUCCCGCCGACAGAUCGAUCGCUUACUUCGAGAACAGCCUACACUUUUCAACACCAUAGAGGAUUUCUUGUGGUUCAAGUUAUGCGCCGUUCGAGACUCGACUUCCGUCGUUUUAAACGACGGCGUAUCACCUUACAGCCUGGACGAUUUGCAGGCUUAUCUGAACAAGUUUGAACCAUCGUACUAUACAAAGAACGGAAAAGACCCAUUAGUAUAUCCAUACGUGUUACUAUUGAGCAUACAGUUGGUUCCAGCUGUCCUAUAUCUGUCAAAGGAUAUCGGAGAUGAGGGGUAUAACAUCGAUGCUGCUCAUAUCGCAAUCGUGUUAGCAGACCACGGUGUGUUAUCUGAUGUUGGCGGGACCGGUCAUAAAAUAGGGGUGAUGGAUGCUUUUGCUGAGUCAGCUAGCAUUAUUAGACAGUACGGUUCACUUUACUUGAGGCACAAUAAUCUUUCUGUGGCGUUGGAAUAUUACGCGCAAGCUGCUGCUACGGUGGGCGGUGGACACCUGUCAUGGUCUGGACGGGGAAACGUAGAUCAGCAAAGGCAGCGGACGUUGAUGAUGCAGCAACUUCUUAUGGAAGUAUUGUUACGUGACGGUGGAAUUCUUCUGUUACUUGGGCCGAGAGGUGCGGGUGAAGAAGGUGAGUUAGUGCGGUUUUUGAGUAAUCAAAAAGAUAGGCACCAGUUUUUGGUUGAAGCCGCUCGCCAGUGUCAGGAAGCCGGUCUUACCGACAAAUCUAUAGAAAUUCAGAAGAGAAUCGGGGCUUUUUCAGCAGCAUUGGAUAUCAUAAACAAGGGUCUCUCUGAAGCUAUCUGUUCGUUAUCACGCGGUAGACUGGACGGUGAGAGCCGAACAGCUGGGCUUGUUCAUUCGGGAAACGAGUUGCUUGAGACGUUUAAAUACUAUCCGCAUGUCAGUCUGCAAGAGAGAGAAUACGUGUUAGAGCAAGAAACAUUGCUAAGACAACUUGAGACAAUUUUGUCUAUUCAUAAAUUAGCAAGACAAGAACAUUAUCUAGAUGCUUUAAGGGAGGUCGCAAAGCUUCCGUUUCUUCCAUUUGAUCCCGUAGCACCUGACACGUCAGCAGACAUGUUCCAAAAUUUGUCUCCCUAUGUUCAAGCAUGUGUUCCGGAUCUUCUUAAGGUUGCUCUUCAGUGUAUAGACAAUGUCAGGGAUUCCGAUGGGUCACUUCGUGCAUUGAGGACCAAGAUCGUCAAUUUCCUUGCUAAUAAUUUGAAUCGCAACUGGCCACGUGACUUGUAUGAGAGAGUGGCGCGUACCUUGUGAAACCAAAGUUGCGAGAUUUGUUUUGGUGAGUGAGUUAAGCAAGAAACUUAGUUUUAUGCAACUAUGAAUGUAUGGUUUAUUAUUAAUAUUGUAACGGUUCAUAUGAUGAUGCUAUUGUAGUUUUGUUUUUUACCUGCAAGUGUCGGUUUCUAAAGCU